GUCGCUGGCAAAGGGGAAAGAAGAUUGUUUGAAUUAUUCGUAUUUUUUCGUUUACCAGCGGAAUAAAAACACAAAGGAAAAUAAAAAGAAGUAUUAAAACAAAGCCAAGGGCAAAUAACAAUCAAGGAGUAAGCACUUUAUUAAUUUGGGAACAAGUUGAACACAGGUGGUGUCAGCUGUAAAGAGGAAGCAGAUAUUUUCAUUUUACAAUUUCAUCAUAGUGCAAUUCAACUAAUAAGUGCUUGUUUACAGUGGGAAAAUGACUGAAAUCAACGAAAUUGUUAUUGUUCUAAAAUGGAGCGGCAAGGAGUUCCCCAUUAGCGACCUCACCGACCAAGACACAGUUGAGGUUUUGCGACAUGAAAUCUUUCUCAAGACACAGGUGCGACCGGAACGUCAAAAGCUGCUUAAUCUGAAAUAUAAAGGCAAACCAGCGCCAGAUAAUGUUAAGCUGUGCGCCUUGGAGCUGAAGCCCAAUUUCAAGCUUAUGAUGGUGGGCUCUACUGAGGCGGACAUUGAGGACGCCUGCAGUCUGCCUGACGAUAUAGGCGAGGUUAUUGAUGACUUUGACGAUGCUGAUGGACGGGAGGAGACAAUCGAGAACUCUGCAGUUUAUCUGGCUAAGGUGCAGCGACGCGUGCGUGACUAUAAAAUCAAAGAGUUGGCAACACCACGUGAAAACAAGAAGCUGCUUGUGCUGGAUAUAGAUUACACGCUCUUUGAUCAUCGCUCGCCCGCUGAGCAGGGUCAAGAGCUGAUGCGGCCUUAUCUGCAUGAAUUUCUUACCUCGGCCUAUGAGCACUACGAUAUAGUGAUUUGGUCGGCAACCAGCAUGCGAUGGAUUGAGGAAAAAAUGCGUCUGCUGGGCGUUGCAAAUAGCGAUAAAUAUAAGAUAAUGUUCUACCUCGACUCGAAUGCCAUGAUCUCUGUACAUGUUCCCGAGCGCGGCGUUGUGGAUGUAAAGCCACUCGGUGUCAUCUGGGGCCUGUAUAAGCAAUACAGCUCCAAGAACACCAUUAUGUUUGAUGACAUACGCCGCAAUUUUUUGAUGAAUCCCAAGUCUGGGUUGAAGAUACGUCCAUUUCGUCAGGCGCACCUGAACCGUGCAAGUGAUAAAGAACUGCUCAAGCUCUCCGACUACCUACGCCAGAUUGCCUUAAACUGCAGUGAUUUCAAUUCGCUCAAUCAUCGCAAGUGGGAGCACUACGAUCCCAAGAAGAACUCUUAGAGUAUUUUUUAUUUGGCAUGAUGUUUACAUAUAAGAUUCUCACUUAAUUUUAUCGCAUUAAACAAAUUUUUUACGACUGUUAAA